AUGGGGCCGCGGCAGCUCCGGGUGGAGAGGGGAAGCCGACCUCAGACACGCCGCAAAUACCGGCCCGCCCUCCUCACGGAACGAAAGGCCGACAAAAGGCUCCAGCGACCUCAGGGGGAGCUGGGUGCAGAGCCGGGCCCUGGCAGCGAGCAGCCCCUCACCCCAGACUGUGACACACAGACAGGCUGCUCCAAGCUGGGCACCUCAAACCAGGAAUAUUACCUGAAACUGGAAGAGCUGAAGAAUGCCCACUUGGAGACAAUGGCAAAAUUAGAAAGCAUGUAUCGGAACAAGCUGUAUUUACAAGGAGUACAGCCCUGGGAGAGGAACAGUGCUAACAGUGCUACUUCCAAGGUCUGCUGUAGGCCAACGUGGGAGAAGAGCAGAUAUCAGCCUCUAAAUUUGCCCAGAUCCUUCUCUGACUCCAGCAUUAGCGAUCCCUUAGGCUCGAGUGUGUCUCGUGGGUCCGACAGAGAACUAGCAUCUGAGGACAGCUGUAGUGAAACUGGAUCAUUACUAUUUGCUAAGGAACGGAUUGCAAGGAUGUGGGAUGGCUUCUCAGUGGAUGACUACCUCCCCCCCAGGAAGCACAGCCUGCCCACUGCAGCAGCUUCCAGGACAACACGGAAGCAGAAGGCAUGGUCACCAAAAAUCACCGUGCCCAAGCCCUUCCAGAUGACAAUUAGAGAAGCCAGAAAAAAAGAACAGAAUGUCAAAUCCAAGUCACAGAUUGAAAUGGAAAAUAACCUACUGAAGAAGCAGCUGGAGGAAGAAGCAGAGUGUCAGAAAAAGUUCCGAGCCACUCCAGUGCCCGCUGCAGUCUUCCUGCCACUCUACCAUGAAAUUGUGCAAAGGAAUGAGGAGCGCAGGAAGUCUGUGAAGGAGAGGUGCAAACUCAGGCUCUUGGCUUCUCAGAAGCCAUUUAAGUUCAUUGAAAGAGAGAAGCAAAGGGAUGAAAUUAGAAAAAUGCAAUUAAGAGACCUUUCCACACCUGAAAAGAAAACAAAACCGUUCAAAGCAAAACCAGUUCCCAGAUAUGUUUAUAGCCCGUCUGUUAGAGACAAGCUAGAGGAGGAAGAGCUCUACAGAGAAAUCCGGAUUAGAAUGAGAGCUGAGGAGCUGCUGCGAAAUGCAUCUCUGCCCACCAGCAGGCUGGCUCCCAAGGAUGUCAACAAGAAGAAACACAAGUGUGCUGAACCAAAGGAAAUGGAGCACAAACCCAAGAUCCAACCCAGAGUUCCAAAUUUUGACCGACUACACCAGAAGUUUCAGAAACGGCUCCGGCAGAAGCAGCGGGUGAAACACCUCACAGUCUGUGAGCCGUUCCAUCUCCGCACUCCGUACAUUCCCUCAAACAAGGGGAAGGUUUUGAGAGACAUUCAAGAGGAUGAAGAAAGGCUAAAAGAAACACGCUGGCCAUACGCCUCUCCAAGGCGCAAACCCCAAACCAGACACUCAAGUGCAAAUUCACCUCUCUCAGGAUCUGGAGAAUCCAAGUCGCCAAAAGUCACACAAUCCUCACAACGAAGGCUGCAGGCCCUAAGGAAUUCACAUGAGGAAAAGAGAAGGCUGGAAGAACAACAGAAAAGAAACAGAACAAAGCAGAAACAAAGAACAAAAAAACUGCAGAAAAUUGUAAUGACUCGGGCUGAGGCCAAUGACCCACAUCAGAGCCUCGCUCAGGUCUCUGAAUCCAAACUAAAGGCAUUCAGGAAUUCCUCAAAGCAGAGAACGCAGGAGUAUUGGCAAGAGUUGCAAGAAAUGGAAGAAAGAGUAAACCAAAGGCCAUUGCUCUUGGAAAGAGUAACUCAGAAUAAUGCCAGAAUAGCUGCAGAAAAAUAUUAUUCUAACAGACUGAGAGCUCUGGGGGUAUGCCCAGACUUUGUUUCAAAGAAAGGACAAACAACUAAAUUGCUAGAGUGCUACAGUGCUGAAGAUUUUGAUGCCAAAGAAAGAGCCAUCAAGGAUAAAGUGAAAGAAAGGGAAUUCUUUGAGGAAGCAGACAGCAUCAGUCCUCAAUCUGAGCAAUCCUUUGAGGAAGAGAAGAGAAUAGGCAUCAGAACCCCCAGCUGGGAUGGUGAAUCUGCUGAGAGGGAGGAAGAGACACAAGCCAGACCUCAAGUUCAGCAACCUCACUGUGCAGGGGAGACCAGGUCCAGCCCCACCUCCAACCAGCACCGUGAAGAAGAGCAGAAAGAGGAAAAGGAGGAGGAGGAAGCAAAGGCAGGCCUUCUGCUUGGACAUUCCCUAGAGGAAGAGAAUGAAGAAGAAGAGGAGGAUGGGUCAAGACCCAGCUCUCAAUCUGAUCAGUCCCAUAAGCAGCAAGAGGAGAGUCAGUCUGACCCUGAAGCUGAGGGUGCUUUCCAAUAUGAGGAUGAGGAAUAUGAAAGUGAUGAUUCUGAAGAGAAGCCCAAUGAUGACGAGGCUGACUGAAGGGAAGGCAGAUAGGUUCCACAGCACCAGGCUGCCCUAUUUUAUUGCUGGCAUUGAAAUAGACACCAAAACCAUAUCUUUUUGCUACUAAUAUUAAAAACUGUGAAUUUAAGACUCUUAGCUUAACAGUCUUCCCAGCACAGGAGCUAUGUUGAUUUUCCAAUAUAAAAUAUUAGGUUAUUCAUUGCUACCAAGAAAAAAAAAAAAUCAGUUAUUUCACAUUCCUCUUCUUUAUUCUGGACUUCAGUGACACUCACGCACUUCUGUUCCUAAAGUGAACAGCAACCAGUGUUUAAAAAUGUCUUGUGUACUGCAUUGUUAAAUACUGAGGUCUCAGCACAUCCAGCAGUAACUUGCUCUUGCCUCCCAGUUUCAAACACUGGGGACCUUUCAGGCUCUGUUCCUGCGGUAUCGUCAAGGAUGGCAAUGAAGCAACAAGGGUUUGUUGUGCAAGGCCUCAGGUUGUGUUUAGUAGAGCAGCUACAAGAAGACAACCACAGUCAGACAAAAAGGACAAGUUCACCUGUUUGGCUCCUCCCAAGCUGGACUGGCUCAGCAAUGGUCCAGGAGAGUACCAAGAUCAGAAAAGUAGGAGGUGACUGCUUCUGGAAGAAACAAGCUGUUAGAUGGGUCAACAUGAAUGUUUUGUGCAGCUAAUAUAGGAAUAGUAUUACUGUUACUGAAGGCUUGGCACAUAGAAGAUAAAAAAAUGCACUAGAAUAUAUUGAGAACCAUCAUUUUUAGUUUUCACUGAGCUCUAACAAUGACAGACAAGUGAAGUAGAAGAAUAAAGUCAGUAGAAUAUCUCGAGGAAAAAAAAAAAGCAUCAUUCUGCAGAUUACUACCCAACGGAGAUAAGAAGUUGUGCUGUUUCACUUCUGUUUUGUUUGUAAGAGCUCUUUCGUGAUCAUGUAAAGCUACCAUCAACAUAACAAGUGCUGACAUUAACCUUCUCACCUCCUUAUAGAGACAGUCAAGGGAUACUGUGAAAAGAGACUUUAUAACUUCAGAUAAAUAUGCACCCCUACUCAGAGCUUCAGCUACUACUCAACAAAGAACACAAACAGGUUAGGAGAGAAAAUAAUAAAACUUCCAUAUCAAACAGAAGAGAGCAGAGCAUAAUGUGGCAUCACAUAGGCUCUAAAAAACACAUUCAUUAAAUAAUAAACACAGUAUUUGUUGAAGUGACCACACCUGCACAAGCAGAUGCAACAACUAAGGAUACGCAUUCAUGGUGUUUCUGUGUUUGCUCUACUCAGGUUUCCUUCCACACUGUACCUGUUAUUAUUUAUUCCUCCUGACUCUGAGAAUCUGUGUCUCACUGUUUAGAUUUUCUUUUUAAUUUAUUUUUCACGCGUGGCAUAACUAAUACAAAUUUGAACCUG